CCCCCCGAGUGGCACCGGAACAACUCGGAUCUGUACCACAAGGCCUUCGCUGGCUGCGAGCAGGCCGAGCAAUGCCGGGCCGAGGCCAAGUUGCUGGCUGAACAUGCUGCUGUCACCGCCCAGCGUGCCCAGCAGCAUUCCACAGCCACCCUGGGCCAGCGCCUGCAGGACAUACGCUUCUGGAAGGUCGAGCUCCAGAAGGAGAUUGAGGACCUUGAUGCUGAGACCAGCCUGCUGGCAGCCCAGAAGCUGCGGCUGGGAAAGGGGCUCCGUUGCCAGCCCUAUGCCAUUGCCACCGAUAACCUGCAGUGUCGGGAGAGGAGGCAACCCCCAGACCUGGUCAGUGAUGAGGUGGAGAGAGAGUUGCUGAAGGAAGCUGAACUUAUCAGAAAUAUCCAGGAGCUUUUGAAAAGAACUUUGAUGCAAGCUGGAAACCAGAUGCGAUUAAACCGAGAUCACAAAGAGGUUUGUGAAAUGGACUGGUCAGACAAAGUUGAAGCAUACAACAUUGAUGAUAAAUGUGGAAGAUACAGUAACCAGAGCACCAACAUCCAGUUCCAUCCCAGCUCAGUGAAGCUGGAAGAGAGUGCCUCAACACCGGAGACGUGGGCCAACUUCAGCCAUGACAACAUCCAUAGGGCUGAACAAGAGAAACUGGCUUCCAUGAAUCUUCGGGCCUUGAUUGACAAUAUUCUUCGUGACGUGUCUGAGGACCUGAGGAUGCAAUGUGCUGCUGUUAACGGGGCUUUCGACAAACGCUGUGAGGAGCUGGAAGAUGCAAAACAGAAACUAGAGCAUCAUUUGAAAAAAAUCCUUAAGGAGAUUGGAGAUCAAGAAGCUAACAUUGCUGCUCUCAAGCAAGCUAUCAGAGACAAAGAAGCCCCAAUGAAAGUUGCUCAGACAAGGCUGUAUGACAGGUCUUUUAGGCCCAACGUAGAGCUCUGCAGAGAUGAAGCACAGUUCAGGUUGAUCAGUGAAGUCGAAGAACUAACAGAGUCCAUUGGAUCCUUGAAGAAAAAACUGCUGGAAUCUGAACAGUCUCUGAGGAACCUGGAAGGCACACGGAUGACUCUAGAAAAAGAAAUAGCUGUGAAAACAAACAGUAUUUUUAUUGAUAAGCAGAAGUGCAUGGCCCAUCGCACACGCUACCCUGCUUUUCUUAAAUUAGCAGGUUACCAGUAGUAAUCUCUGUACUGAUUAUGCAAAGCCUGGAAAAAAAAUGUACUCUAGAGUCUUUCAU